UAAGUGAGUAAUCUGAGAUUUAAAAGGUUUUAUACUCAACUUAUAGGUCAUAACUCUCCACUCAAGACACGUCUGUAUCCAGCAUAACCUAUAGAGACCUCAGGGUGCUACAGCAAAAGUGUGGUUGAGUUGUACUCAUCCCUGUGACCCUGUCCACACCAUGCCCAUAUCUCUAGUUACCAAAGGCCUGCAUGGCCUGUGUAAGGAGGUUUCCCUGGCAGUGUUGCCCAGGCUCUACAUGGAGGAGGUCAUGUUGGAGCUCCGCCGGCGUAAGAUUGAGGUAACCAGUGAGGGCAUUGACAAGCACGACCUGGUCACCUUCCUGCACAACCUCAUGACAUUAGAGUACAGCGAGGCUGAUGGAAGUGGACAAGAAAGCACAUGCACAACUGGGUCAGGAAACCCAGUCUGCACCCUACCACAGCAAGACAGUGGAGAAACCCAUGAAGAAGUUAGUAUAACCUCAGAAGAACUGGUUGACUCUGCUCCACAAGAGCAUGGCCAAGAAAUAUGUAUGAAAAGUGCGGAGGAGUCUGCAAAUCAACUAUGUGCCACCCCCCAACCUCAGGCCACAAACAAUAUGCAGACAAAUAAAGAAAACACCAACAAGGAGAGGUCAGUGGUGGAUGAAGGCAACAUUUCUGGGUCCACAAACAUGAUGGAUACAACUACCAGCACUGACAAGGUACCUGCAGGUAACACAGCAAACUUUGCUACAAUACAACACUCGACAACUUCACCUGCCAAACCUUCUGUUCCAAAGGCUAGAGACCAUACCUCCACAGAAAGAGGACUGUCUGAGAGUAAAGUCAGAUCUGAACCUGUUACUACUGUUAGGCCUUCCUAUGUCUUGGAUUUUGCACAAGGCUGUCUACAGAAAGUGCCUGCAAUUGAGGUUCCCAUGGCAACUGAUACCACCUGUCCUGCCACCUAUGUGAGGAUGGGACAGAAUUCACAAAAGAAGAAGGGAAUGAUAGAGAAGAAGGAGUCAGGUGACAUGAUGGAAAGAGAGAUAGGAGGAGACAGUGAUGACUGUGGUGAUGAAGACAUCUUACAAGAAGAUGAAGAAGCAGCACAGGAUCCAGUAUCAUGGUGUACACCAACUAAUGAGGAAUCCUCAUCAGAAGUGCAUCAGAAGGAAGACAAUCAGGCUGCAGCAGCACCAUCUGAUCAGAGCUCCCCCAAGGACAGACAUCCUCACAGGAAACACCCUGGGGAUCGCAGCAAACAGUUGAGUAAGCCAUGUCUCCUAGAUCAACACAACAACACUCAUACAGGGGAGAAACCCUACAAUGGUGAGGAGUGCAGCAGGCAGCUCAGUGACCUGAGCAGUAUGCAGAAACAUAAGAUUCAUCAUACAAGGAAAAGGUCCUACAAGUGUGAGGAAUGCAGCAGUCAGUUCAGUACGCCGAAUGAUCUGAAGAAACACAUGUGCACUCAAACAAAGGAGAAAGUCUAUAAGUGUAAGAAGUGCAGCAAGGAGUUCAUUGAUCGAAAGCUUCUACAGCAACAUAAGCUGACUCACAAAGGGGAGAAACCAUACAGGUGUGAUCAGUGCAGUAGGCAGUUCAGUGGGAAGGGCCAUCUGAAGAGACACAAGCAGAUUAAUCAUACCGGUACAAAGAAAAAGCCCUACACGUGUGAGGAGUGCUACAGACAGUUCAGUAGGAAGUGCCAUCUAACGAGACACAAGCAGAGUCAUACAAGGGAAAAGCCCUACACGUGUGAGGAGUGCAGCAGACAGUUCAGUUGGAAGGGCCAUCUGAAGAGACACAAGCAGACUAUUCAUGCAAGGGAAAAGCACUACACAUGUGAGGAGUGCAACAGACAGUUCAGUAAAAAGGGAAAUCUGAAGAAGCACUUGUACACUCACACAGGGGAGAAGCCCUACAGGUGUGAGGUGUGCAGCAAGCAGUUCAAUAGCAAGGCAAAUCUGAGGUUGCAUAUGCGCAUCCACACAGAGAAACCUUACGUACUAAGGAGACACAUUUGUGAGGAGUGCAGUAUCCAUUUUGAAACAGCAUUCGCUCUGAAGACACACAAGCGCACUCAUACAGGGGAGAAACCCUAUAAGUGUGAGGAGUGUAGCAAGCAGUUCAGUCGGCUGUCUAAUAUGAAGAGACACAAGCAAAUACAUACUGGGGAGAAACCUUACGUCUGUGAGAAGUGUGGGUCUCAGUUUCGUUAUUUGUAUAGUCUGAAGACUCACUUAAAGACUCACACAAUUUCCAAUGAGAAACCUUACAGCUGUGAGACGUGCAAAAAGCAGUUUUAUUGUCCAAAUCGUCUAAAGGAGCACAGAAUGAUUCACACAGGGAAAAAACCCUACAUGUGUGACAAGUGCAGCAGGCAAUUUCUUCGCAAGAAUGAUCUCCAGCAUCACUUUUUGAGGAUCCAUGCAGAAGAGAAACCCUACAAGUGUGGGGAAUGCAGCAGGCAGUUCAGUAAGCCAUCUGAUCUGACAAGACAUGAAGUAACUCAUGGGGAGAAACCCUUCGUGUGUGAGGAGUGCUGCAAAGCAUUCCACCACUUGGUUGCUCUGACCUUACACAGGCGCAUCCACACAGGUGAGAAACCCUACAGGUGUGAGGUGUGCAACUGGCCGUUCAGUCGUCAAAAAUGCCUCACCAGACACAUGAAGAUGAAACAUGGUUCCCAAGACUCGAGAAGUGCCGGACAAAUGAACAUGAAACAAGGUUUCCAAGGCUCAGGAAGUUCCAUGGAACAUGGUUCCCAAGAGUCAGGAAAUGCAGCAGCUUCACUCCUACAGCUCAUUGGAGAGUCAGAGACAGUGCCACUUGACGAUGCACUUGUCAUCAUCUAAUGUUAUAAUGCACUAUACAAAAGUGGUCAAUUGUCUGUUGUGGGACAGCAAGGAGGAAGAAUAGAGUGAUCCUUUAGAUACCAUCACUCUGGACAUUUAUUCCUAUCCAAACUUCUCUUUCAUAGCUUGGACAAGUAGUAUUCUAUUUUGCAAGUGUUAGUGUUUCUUUUUGAGGAAAUGUUCAUGCCACUUAGUUCACUUUUUGUAGGAUUGAAUGUUUGUGCUAUAACUAUGAGAUUUUGUAGAACUUUCUUUGCUCAACAGAUUAGUGACAGGAAGUCAGUGUUUCUAUUUUUCUCAACAUUGUUUAGCACAUGUUUGGGUAUGAUAUGGUCAAUACCGAUAUUGACCGAAAGAGGCCAUAUAUGGGCUUACAAAACGGAUGCAAAACAUUCUCCUCCAUUGUAAUGUAUCAUUUGUAGCAUUAGUGGAUGUAGGUAUAGAUAUUUUGAGUUUGAUUGUUUAUUACCAACAUAUAGUUUACUGUCUACCUAAACCAUGUUAUAGAUCUAGAGUGUCAUAUUAUUAUAUCAUUGUUGUUGCAAAUAAAAGACUGUUUUUCUUGAUGCACUUGAUUUUCUUGAUCUUCCAGUCCGCCAGCUGGCAGACGUAAAAGAAACAGCCAG